GGGUGUCGGCGGCCGCUGGGCAUGAGUUUAAAGUUUAUGUUGUACAGAGACUGCGUUUUGUUGGGUUGUUGAUGCCUCUCAUAUCCCUCCCACCCUCUAAUUCUACCUAGUCUUGGGUAUGAGGCUGGUGAAAGAGAAUCCCAGGCAUUAUGGUUCUCCUGGAACCUAGGAAUUUGAUGCUGGCAUCUAAAGUGCAAAUUAUAGACUUAGCCCAUGUCUGUGUGUUUAUGUUCCAAGGGAAGUGGCUCAAAGUAAAGGUGAGCACAAGUAUAUGUGCCAAGCACUGGGAUCUUGCAUAGGUUUAUUUAGAAGUAAGCUUCAUUAAGGUCAAUGAGACUUGGGCUCAAGUUGGGGCUCAGGGGCCUUGUGGCCUUCAGCUUCAAGUUAAGAGUGUCGAGCAGCUUCUGCAAAAUUGAUAUGUUGCCCCAGAGUUAAACAGAAAACGCACACAGCCUGUAGUAUGACUGAGUAGGACUGGGCGAUAUCUGGUUUUCAACACUGUGAUAUAUUACUAGCUAAACAUCAUGAUAUACUGACAUAUCACAAUGUCUGAAAUAAGGAUGGAGCUAUGUAGAGGCAUUGGCUGGCUUCGUGGUUUUCCCCGCAUUGUGAUUUUUGCAUGGUACAUGCACACAUAUAUAUCGUGAUUCCCAAUAUAUUCCCAAGUGAAGAAUUCUGAAACUGAUAUCAUGAUAUGGACUCCAAACCGGUUUGGGACAAUACAGUGGUGCCUUGCUUAACGAAUGCCCUGCUUAACGAAAUUUCCGCUUAACGAAAGGUUUUUUCUAGCAGAGGUUGCCUCGCUAGAUGAAUGCGUUUUACGAAAAAUUCGUCUAGCGAAUCGCGGUUCCCCAUAGGAAUGCAUUGAAAUUCAAUUAAUGCGUUCCUAUGGGCAAAAAAAUUUCAAAAAAAUUCAGUGCAUUCCUAUGGGAUUCGCUAGACGAAUUUUUCGUUAUAAGAAAAGACCUGUGGAACGAAUUAAAUUCGUCUAGCAAGGCACCACUGUAUAUCAAUAUAUUGCCCAGCCUGAUUACUGAGAUUAUGAUGGCCAGUUGGAUCUUCUAAAAGGAGAAUGCUGGAGUUUGGGUGCCAGAAAACUGUAGCUCAGUAGAAUAGCAUGUGAUUACAGCAUACUGGCACAUCCAGCUGAAAAGAUUUCAGCUAGCAGGUUUUGACCUGAGAUUUGGAGAGCCACUGCCAAUCAGGAUAGGUGAUGCCUAUUUAGAUGGCUCAGUAAACUGACUGGGUGGCAGCAUUUGAUAUGAGCCUGUCAGGAAGCAAUUCCUUCUCCCAAGAAAAUCCUCCUCCUAGAAGGGUGCAGUAGUUGGCCUUGGCUGUUUAAGUGGUAAGGACAUCUACUUAGAGCCAUUUUAUGCUUUCCUCUAUUCUCUAGGCUUAGCCCUGGCACUGGCAAUAGGUUUCCUGUCUCAGUCAGGGGACAAAUUUAAUUCCUGGUUGACUUUCUCUUGGUAACUGUCUUCCUUCCUAGGUGGAGUCAUGGCUGGCAUUUUGAAAUCUACAGUGGUGCCUCGCUAGAUGAAUGCCCUGUAAGACGAAUUUUUUGCUUAACGAAGAGAUUUUUCGAGCGGAGGUUGCCUCGCAAGACAAAUUCGUUUUGUGAAAAAUUCGUCUAGCGAAUCGCGGUUUCGCAUAGGAAUGCAUUGAAAUUCAAUUAAUGCGUUCCUAUGGGCAAUUUCCCCCCCAAUGCAUUCCUAUGGGAUUUGCUAGAUGAAUUUUUCGUUAUACGAAUUGACCCAUGGAACGAAUUAAAUUCUUCUAGCAAGGCACCACUGUAUUAUGUUUUAGAGAUCUAUCUAACCUUCCACACACCCCCAAUGCUGGGUUUUUGUGCAGUUAUCUGAAGUUGCCUUCAUGCAGAGAGCUCGCUUUGCCUGUCCCCUGCCGCUGAAUUCCUUGCAAAACUCACGGCGCUAUAGGAAAGACACAGCUACACUCCCAGUUGGGUGGAAAAGACCUUCAGAAUCUCUGUGUAGCCCAAUGGAAUAGUGUAGCUGCUCACCUUGCCUCAAUAGAUUUUGUGUGUGUGGAUUUGGCAGGGCAGGGGAGCAGGGCCCACCUCUGUGUGCUCUUGUGUAAUUUCCGGCCGAGGGGCAUGUGGCAAUAUGGGUCAGAGUUCAGCAGGGAGCAGGAGUCCGGAAUGCAGCUCGGCACAACGUUGAGAAAUGGCAGCGGAGAGCAGGCUGGAGCUGUGGACAGGCUGAGGCUACAGCUAGGUGUGGCUGCACGCACCCUGGACUGGUUAUCCUCCAUUACUUGUGUGGUAUGCUUCCACAUGGUCUAUUUCAAGCCUGUGCCAGUUAAAAUCUCUGGGGAAGAAUCAGAUCCGAAUACGAGAUCCAAAUCAAGGCGGCAAGGAUAUCACAGAGGAAAUAAUGUCUGGCGCUAGAACUUCCUCUACCCCCACUCCUCCACAGGCUGGAAGUGGUCCAGAACCACAAGCCAACGGAGAGACAGCACAUGUAGCAGUUAUUGUCCGGCCAGACGAUCGUCCCAAGGCUGGCACAGUAGUAACUAAACCUGUUUCCUCGGAGGCGAGCAAAUCGGCUUCCCCAUCUCCCCCUCCGCCCCUCAUAGCAGAGGCCGAGUCCGUGCUGCCAGUCGCCGUGGCGCUGGUGCGCCCAGGGAGCCCCAUUGCAGUGGACACUACAGAGGAGCCGCCUGAGGUCCCCGCCGAUAUAUUUGAACCCGUUAGCGCCACCACUACAGUGCCAGGGGGCCCCGUGCUCCCCCAGGAAGCCCCCGUCUUGGACACAGAGUCUCAGGAGGAGGCUGCUGCUAGCCCGAUUUUGGAGCCUCCCCCCCAGCCAGUUCCUGCAGAAAUGCCGGUGGCCGAAGAGACGGUGCCGGUGGAGACAGUGACUGUCCAGCAGGAGACCCCUCAGCCAGAGGAGCCGCUUCCUGUGGCUCCACCAGGGGCUCCCCCGACCCCGCCACCUUCCCUGGAGGAGGUAUCUGAGGGGGCCGUGGAGUCUAACGGGGUGCUGGAGGAGGAGACGCUGGAGCCCGUGCCCGAGGCUGCCACGUGCCAGCCAGAUUCCGCCGUGGAGUCCCCCAUCGCUCAGCCGGAGGAGCUGGCAGCGAUGUCCCAUGGGCUGGACGCCCCAGGGAAGCAGGCAGCCGACGAGCCUGAGGAUCAGCCCGAGUCGGACAUGAGCCCCAUCUCCGAGCCCGAGGAGGUGAAAGCCGAGGAGCCCCUGGCCCCACUGGCCACACCUCCUGCCGAAGAGGAGGAAGAGGAGCCAGAGGAAGAGGAGGAGGAGGAAGAAGAGGAAUGUGAGGAGCCGACCGAGACCACAGAGCAGAGCGCCCAGCCAGCAGCUGCGCCUUUGGAGGUUGCAGAGGUGGCCUCACAAGUGGCCGUAUCGGUGCCAAAGAAGAAGCGGAAGAUGAAGGACCUAAACAAGAAGGAAGCUGUUGGAAACCUGCUGGAUGCAUUCAUGGAGCCCAGUGAGGGUGGCUCAGAGAUAGAGAACAAGCCCCCCGUGCCAGCCCCAGAGCCUGAGGAGCCUGCCCCUGUUCGCUCCCAGGAGGAGCCCGAGGAGACAUGGGAAGAGAAAGAGGAUAAGCUAGACCCUGAAAAGGUCAAGCAGGCUGACCAGAAGUACAGCUACACAGCAGAGCAGUGGAAGCCAUUGAACCCAGAAGAGAAGAAGAGAUACGACCGGGAGUUCCUGUUGGGUUUCCAGUUCAUCUUUGCCAGCAUGCAGAAGCCCGAGGGUUUGCCCCAUAUCAGCGAUGUGGUCUUGGAAAAGGCAAAUAAGAUGCCCUUGCGACCCCUGGACCCCGUGCGCCUGAGCACCAUGAAUUGCGGACCAGAUUUCACACCCUCCUUUGCCAACCUGGGUCGCCCAGCGCCGCCUAACCGUGGACCGCCUCCAGGGCCAGGCCCACGCCGUUCCCAGCAAAGCCUGAGGAAGGAGCCUCGGAAGAUUAUCGCUGUAGCGUCCCUGAACGAAGAUGUCAAGCUCAACAAGGCUGAGAAGGCCUGGAAGCCCAGCAGCAAGCGGGCAAGUGAGCCAGAGGAUCCUGAAAAUUUAAAAACUCAGGAGCUGUUCCGGCGUGUGCGCAGCAUUCUGAACAAGCUGACGCCGCAGAUGUUCCAGCAGCUGAUGAAGCAAGUCACCGAGCUGUCCAUCGACACCGAGGAGCGCCUCAAGGGCGUCAUCGACCUCAUCUUCGAGAAGGCCAUCUCUGAGCCAAACUUCUCCGUUGCCUAUGCCAACAUGUGCCGUUGCCUUAUGGGGCUGAAAGUCCCCACUACUGACAAGCCGACCGUGAUGGUCAACUUCCGCAAGGUACUCCUGAACCGGUGCCAGAAAGAGUUUGAGAAAGACAAGGAUGACGACGAGAUUUUUGAGAAGAAGCAAAAGGAGAUGGAUGACACAGCUGGUCCCGAGGAGAGAGCUCGUCUGAAGGAGGAGCUGGAUGACGCCCGGGACAAGGCCCGUCGGCGCUCCCUGGGCAACAUCAAGUUCAUCGGGGAGCUCUUUAAGCUGAAGAUGUUGACCGAAGCCAUCAUGCAUGACUGUGUGGUGAAGCUGCUCAAGAACCAUGACGAGGAAUCGCUCGAGUGCUUAUGCCGGCUUCUCACCACCAUUGGCAAGGACCUGGACUUUGAAAAGGCCAAGCCUCGGAUGGAUCAGUACUUCAACCAAAUGGAGAAGAUAAUCAAGGAGAAGAAAACGUCCUCACGUAUCCGCUUCAUGCUGCAGGAUGUGAUUGACCUCAGACGGAACAGUUGGGUGCCAAGGAGAGGGGACCAGGGCCCCAAGACCAUUGACCAGAUCCACAAAGAAGCUGAGAUGGAGGAGCACCGUGAACACAUCAAAGUCCAGCAGCUGAUGUCCAAGGGGCAGGAUAAGAGGAGAGGGCCUUCAGGCCCAUCGUCCUCAGGUGGGCGGGGCAACCAAGUUUCGGAUGACGGCUGGAACACCGUCCCCAUCAGCAAGGGCAACAGGCCGAUUGACACCAGCAGGUUAACAAAAAUCACCAAGCCAGGUUCAAUCGACUCCAACAACCAGCUUUUUGCACCCGGUGGGCGUCUGAGCUGGGGGAAGGGCAGCAGUGGUGGUUCGGGUGCCAAGCCUGCUGAACCAGCGCCUGACUCCAAUCGGCCAGCCACAAGUACCUUGAAUCGCUUCUCAGCCUUACAGCAGUCGGCUCCUGCAGAGAGCCAGGAUGUGCGGCGUGUGGUGCAAAGAAGCAGCAGUAGCCGCGACCGCUCCGAAAAGGGUGGUGAACGAGGGGACCGCUUGGAGCGCGAGCGGCCGGAGAGGGGCGAUCGCCUCGAGAGGCCAGAGCGGUCGGACCGGAACAGGACCCCUGUCACCAAGCGUAGCUUCAGCAAGGAGAUGGAUGACAGGAGCCGGGAGCGAGAACGAGAGCGGCAAGGGGUCCUCGAGACAGUGCGCAAAGUGGCCAGCAUGACCGAGGAGCGGGACCGAAGCAGGGAACCUGCAAAGCGUGAGCCAGUGGCCCCUGAGCCCCCUGCCAAGCCUGCCUUGUCCGAGGAGGAGCUGGAGAAGAAAGCCAAGGCCAUCACUGAGGAAUACCUGCACAUCAACGAUAUGAAGGAGGCUCAGCAGUGUGUCCAGGAACUGAACUGCCCCUCCCAGCUCUACAUCUUUGUGCGGAACGGAAUCGAGUCCACGCUGGAGCGGAGCACGAUUGCCCGGGAGCACAUGGGGAUGCUGCUCUACCACUUGGUCAAAGGAGGCAUCCUCUCCAAGGAACAGUACUACAAAGGGCUGCAUGAGAUCCUGGAGAUUGGUGAAGAUAUGGAGAUUGAUAUCCCACACAUAUGGCUGUACCUGGCGGAGAUCAUAACUCCCAUUCUGAGAGAAGGUGGCAUCCCCAUGGAGGAGCUGUUCAGGGAGAUUGCCAAGCCUUUGGUACCUAUUGGCAAGGCCACGACUCUGCUGCUGGAGAUCCUGGGCCUGCUUUGCAAAGGGAUGAGCCACAAGAAGGCAGGGACGCUGUGGAGAGAAGGUGGCCUUAGCUGGAAGGAAUUCCUGCCCGAGGACCAGGAUGUCAAUAAGUUCAUCACAGAGCAGAAAGUGGAGUACACAAUGGGUGACAACUCCGACGCACCCAGCCGCAAGGAGCUCACGUCGGAAGAGCUGUGCAAGCAGCUAGACAAAUUAUUGAAAGAAAAUGCAAAUAACCAAAGAAUAUAUGACUGGAUUGAGGCAAACCUGAGUGAGCAGCAAGUCUCAUCCAAUAUGUUUGUCAGAGCCCUGAUGACGUCAGCGUGCCAUUCUGCUGUUGUCUUUGAGAACCCUUACCGGAUGGACAGUCCCGUGAUCAAGAGCCGAGCCAAGCUGCUGCAGAAAUACCUGAGCGAUGAGAAUAAGGAGCUGCAGGCCCUCUAUGCUUUACAGGCCCUUGUGGUAAAGCUGGACCAGCCAGCAAAUCUGCUCCGAAUGUUCUUCGAUGCCUUGUACGAUGAGGACGUGAUUAAAGAGGAAGCCUUCUACAAGUGGGAGUCAAGCAAAGACCCGGCUGAACAGCAAGGGAAGGGAGUCGCGCUCAAGUCCGUUACAGCCUUCUACACUUGGCUGCGCGAAGCGGAGGACGAGUCUGACAACAACUGAGCACCCACGUUGUGGGAGGUGGUGGGGACAGACGGACGGAGCCUGCCUGCCUGCCUGCUCUGACCCCUCCUCAGAGCCUUGGACUCCCAUGGGGGUGGCAGCGUGGGGGGUUAAGGAUACACAGGAACUGGGCGCUGCUCUCCGUACCUUCCUCCCACACAGGACUUCUUCCCCACCCCCUUAUUAUUAUUAUUUUUUGGUUGGGAUUUUUUUUGUUCUUUUGUUUCUGUUUUAACAGCCUGUAUUGGUUUGUGUCUGACGAUAAUAAAUUGAUGCUGAAGGAGGCGGUAAGUGUUGCUGCUCCGCUCAGCUCCCGAGGCCAAUUGCCCCGGGGCGCACCUGGAUGAUGAUUUUAAUGAGCGGGGGGGCCCCCUCGAAUCUUUGGCAGGUGCGAAGCACCCAAAACACAUGUCUGUGGAAAGGGGUUGGGGGCUGGGAGAGCCUGAGGCCUCUGCUGCUCCCCCCUCCCAUCUCCCCUUCCUCCUCCUCCUCCUCCCAGUUAUUGCUGAAAUAUAGAGAGAUUAUAUAAAUAUAUAUAUAAAAUAUAAAUAUAGACUUAUUAAAUCUUUUGAGGUUUGAGAGGAUAGGACUCUGCUGUCCGCAAACUUUGCCCACCUGUUCCCAUCCGCCCCCCCCAUCCCACUGCUCCCCCAUGCACCCUCGGAUCACCGCCUGGAAUUAACACAAAAGCCUCUUGACAGAUGUUGUUGCUUUUUUAAAAUAAGGGGGGGGUCAUUUCAAACAUCCGCCUUGCUUGGGAGCUGCUGGAGAGUUGCUGGCGGAGGGAAUAAAAUGGGGGUGGGUGGUGUGUUUGCAGUUUUGAGGUGGGGGGAAGCUUCCUUCUUUGGGAGGGCCCUCUCCCCCCCCACGCCCCCUCCCCCCCCACGCCCACACUGAGGCCACGGUUUUGUGACCUGCUUCGCCUGCAAUGGAUGGUUAAAAGGAGCUGCUCUUGUGAUUGAGAGCGAGAAAGAAAACAAAACAAAAAACAAAAAAACGAAAACGUGAAAGCAAAAAUGAAACAAGGAUUCGGAAUUAUCGGUCACAUGAAUUUGUAAAUACUUUUUCUUUUCUUUUUCUUUUUUCUUUAUGGAGUAUUUAAUUGAAGAUUCAAAAAAAGCAUCUUUUCACCGUAAACUGGAAAUAAAAAAAAGAACAUUGCUUAAAAAA